UUUUAUCUUUUACAGGUAAAGGUUUUGCUACCGGAAAGAUAUGCCUAGGAGAAAUAGAAGUCGUUAAAAUCACAAAGUUCGAUAAGAUAUGGAGUUGCACCCCUUCGCGUGGAAAGGCUGAGGGAGUGACUUUUUAUAAACCUGUUGGGAUUCCAGAUGGAUUUUUCAGCCUUGGUCACUACUGUCAGCUGAGCAACAAGCAAUUGAGAGGCUACAUCCUUGUAGCCAAAGGCGUACCAAAAGAUACCACUUCAGCUGAUCAUAGCCAGGAUUCAGAAUUGGACUCUCCGGCUCUUGAAAAGCCUCUUAACUACAGUUUAGUUUGGAGUAAAGAUUCUCGUAACGAUGAAUGCGGUUAUAUUUGGCUACCGAAUCCUCCAAAAGGCUAUAAACCGAUGGGCUUUGUGGUUACGACUGAGCCUGAUGAACCUGAUCCUGAGGAAGUAAGGUGCGUUCGAGCUGAUCUCACUGAAAGUUGUGAAGCGGACGAGAUUAUAUUUGAUUCAAAUUCAUUUUCCUCGAGGGACGAAUUUUACAUUUGGAAUACGAGGCCCUGCAGUCGAGGAAUGCUCUGUAAAGGUGUCCCCAUUGGUACAUUCUUCUGCAGUCGAGACAAGAGUUCCGAAGAUGAACUAAGUGAUAUGGCUUGUUUGAAAAACCUUGAUUCUUCUCUACUUGCGAUGCCGAAUCUAGACCAGAUUCAUGCUCUGAUUAAGCACUAUGGGCCGACACUUUACUUCCAUCCUGACGAAGCUUACUUGCCCUCAUCAGUUUCUUGGUUCUUUAAAAACGGAGCUCUUCUUUACGAACAGGGAAGGGAUACAGGUUUAGCCGUUGAUUCUAAAGGCUCCAAUUUGCCCGGUGGUGGAUGGAAUGAUGGAGAAUUCUGGCUUGAUUUGCCUGAUGAUGAUGAUGGUCGGGACUAUGUCAGGAGCGGUAAC